ACGCCAUAUGCACGCCUUCAGGACUCGACCGAUUUUUCCUCCUCCUGAACGUCAACAUACUGCUCUUUUUCCCCCCACUGCCAUAUUUCCAGUUUGGGAAUCUCUGGGACUGGAGGUGAAGUUUACUUUCCCCCCAGUAUCUGAACAGCAGCUGAAACAUCGAGUGAACAUGUAGAAAUGGAUUUUAUGAGGCUUUUCGGCACCGUUAUCGCCGUUUUGUUUCACCCUGGAUCCGCUUCGAAAAUUAAUGGCCAGAAAAUCUGCCGACGUGGGACCGAGCGCCCGUGCUACAAGGCAUCCUACAUUCAGGACAGUCGACGACGGCUGACAUUUGAGGAUGCCAGGCAGUCCUGCAGGUCUGAGGGAGGAGAGCUGCUCAGCAUUGAGACGGAGAGUGAGCAGCGGCUGAUAGAGACCUUCAUACAAAAACUGAAGGCCGGAGAUGGGGACUUCUGGAUCGGGCUUCGACGCAGCCCGCAGGAUUAUAGGACAGGGAAUAACAACCCAGGGUGCCCCUCCCAGUACUAUUGGGUUGAUGGAAGCAAGGCCAAAUACAGGAACUGGAACUGGGAUGAACCGUCUUGUGGUGCUGAAAUGUGUGUCGUGCUCUACCACCAGCCCACUGCACCAACUGAUGAAGAGGGCCAUUUCCUGUUUAAGUGGAAUGAUGACAACUGCAGCGCCAAGAACAACUUUGUCUGCAAAUACAGGGAAGAAAAAAUACCAGUACUCACAGGCGACAGGAUCAUAAUGCAACCAGUUCCAACCAUGAGGCCAACCAUACCUACGGAAGGAGAUGUGAGGAUAACUAUGGGAUUACCUGGGUCAUCAGUCAACAGCCUCUAUGUUUCCUACAUCCUCUAUGCCACUAUCCCUACUCUGCUGCUGCUGCUACUGCUUGCAGUCACUGGGUUCUUCUGCUACAGACAUCAUGCAAAAAGGAGGAAGACUGAGGGCUUCCCCAGCAGGUCAAAGAAGCUGAUCCCAGCAGCAGCUUCUUCUUCCUCCAUACAGGGACCUUAUGCCUUUAGUGACAUUACUAAACUGCCUCACAAUAAUCUGGACUACAGAAUGCAGGCAGAAAUCAUGGCAAAGUACUCCUUCCCUCCUCUACAGGAUCCCCAGUAUGUUGAUUAUGAAAAUGUGACGUGUUCGGACAAGGAAACUGGCUUUGUGACCAAUGACAUCUAUGAGACCUCCAGAACUCAAACUCGGCACUGCAGCAGUCAGGCUGGAUGGGUGGACAAUGAGAUCUAUGGGUAAUAUUAUUUAACCGGAUCUGAGCUCUGGAAAAAUCUGUGAAUUUUGAAUUAUUAAAGGAAUAUUAUUGAGGUAGCAAGAUGAACAUAUACUAUUCUAUAACCCUCUCUUCAUUACAUAUAUUGCUUUGCGGUACGAAAUCUUUAAACAUACAGAGUUGGCUUUAAAGUGCAAAUGUAUGAUCAUCUCUUAUUUUUGGUCAGUUAUAACACCAUAUUUAGUUAACAGUUUUAUAUAUGUAUGACACUUUUUCUUUAAAUAAAUGCUAAUAUCAAUGCAAACAAAAGCUGUGCUUAUGUUUGAUUAAAGAUGUGUUUACAUGCUGACAAAUUGAUACUUACAGUCCCUCUGAUGUUUUUUAAAUUUGUGACGCUGCAACAAAGAAUGCAAACCUAUCUGGGAAGUAUUAUGUACUAGAAAAAUAGAAAUAAUGACAUUGUUCUCCUUACCUAUCAUAUUGUGAUGACUCUUUUCCAUUGACCUCUUUAAGGGACCAACAUGAUUUACUGUCCAAUUUAGUUCUGAAUAUUGUCUAUGCCUUUUCAAACUUUCAUUUUCCUAUCUUCUUUGAAUGAGUUUGGUGUAUUGCUUCACCCACAGUAGUGAUGAAAUAUAAAAUCUCUUAUAAUUUUUAGCUGUCUAGCAGAUGCCUGGAGGUUUGGCGUCAAAAUUGACUCUUAUUUGCAAUGUUGUAUAAUUUAAAUCCACCUUAUUAAAACCCCAGAAAGCGUG